GUGCCCGGGCUCCCUCGCUCCCCUUCCUCAGGCCGCUGUUUACCCCGGGGUCUAUGGAAAUAAUGGAAGGACCCCUCAACCUGGCUCAUCAGCAGAGCAGACGAGCAGAUCGUUUAGUAGCUGCAGGGAAAUACGAAGAGGCUAUUUCUUGUCACAAAAAGGCUGCAGCGUAUCUUUCUGAAGCUAUGAAGCUGACACAGUCUGAGCAGGCUCAUUUAUCACCGGAACUGCAAAGGGAUAGUCACAUGAAACAGCUUCUCCUCAUCCAGGAGAGGUGGAAGAGGGCAAAGCGGGAGGAAAGAUUGAAAGCCCAGCAGAGCACAGACAAGGAUGCCGCUGCCCAGCUUCAGGCAUCUCACAGACCGUCUGCUGAGGACGCAGACAGCCAGAGCCCCCUGCUCUCUCAGAAUUACAGCCCUUCCACAGAGAAACACUUGCCUGAGAUUCAGGGGGUCUUUGACAGGGAUCCAGACACACUACUAUUUUUACCUCAGCAGAAGAGCGAGCCAACAGAGCUGUGCAUUGGAAGCAAAGCCCCAAGAGAUGAUAAAACAAUUGUAGAGGAGCAGGCAACCCAAAUUGCAGAUUCGAAGAGGCAUGCGGAAUUCCUCGUGGCUGAGAAUGAAAGAUUAAGGAGAGAAAAUAAACAGCUAAAGGCUGAAAAGGCCAGACUUCUAAAAGGCCCGAUAGAAAAGGAGCUUGAUAUAGAUGCUGAUUCUGUAGGAAAGUCAGAGUUACGGAGCUUACCACCACAUGCAGAAACCGCUACAGCCUCUUCAGCCUGGCAGAGGCUCGCAUCAAACACUGGGAAAGCCAAGGUAUUCCAAUACCCAAUCUUCCUCCCUUGGAUUUUCCAUCUUCAGAACGUCCCCUCAUGGAACUCUCUGAAGAUACUCUGA